AGCGCGUCCACAGUGGCGGGAAGACUAGCAGGACGGAGUGUGUGGUGAUAUGAUGCCCCGAUGCAGCAGCAGCUAGACGGCUGCUGCUGCUGUUGCUGCUCUCCGCUCGAUUUCAUCCACCAGCCGCUGACGCUGAAGUGUCAGGAGUGGUGUUUCCAAGCGUUGCGCCGCCAGUAUGCGACUGGAGGUAGCGUUUGUUUGGUCUGUUGCGCUCCUGUUAGCGUACACUGUGUAGUGUGGUACAAAGGAACUUUCGGGCGACUACCCGCAGCCGCCGCCGCCGCCGCCGCCGCCGUCGUGUGUCUGCGAGUGUGCGUGUGUUUUGUUUGGAUAGUUUUCCGAUAGGAUAGGAGGAAAGGAAGAGGAGAACUUGGUGACCUGAAGGAGCGGCCAUAUGACACAUGAUUGUGAUUCCGCAUAAUAUAUGUGUUUUUGUUCGAUGUGCCCCCGUUCCCUACCACGAUUGAUCUGCCGGUCUGCCGCAGACUGAUUACAGCGUUUCGUUUGUUCGCGGAGUGUUCGUUUGCUUCUUCUCGUGUCCCGUGGCACUAGCACACACGACACCGGUCCCCGUUCCAGUGCAACGAAGAGCAGAGCGACCAACUACGCACCACAACGACUCGCCAUCACGCCGCAUCUCUGGUUCGAGAUACCACCGUGGCAUCCACGAGGAUGUAAGCGAAGGCACAGUGUUUUGUCUGUUUUGAUCAUCAGCAGCAGCAGCAGCAGUAGCAGUAGCAGCAUGCAGGCAGCGACCACUGCGUUGCCGACGCUCACAUAAGCCACACUACCAUCGAAACGAAACUAGCGUUCCCGGGGGGGGGGGGGAGGGCCGUUUCUAUCACAACCCAGCCCGGACAGCCGGACCGACGAUCAACGCGCACGGCGCGGCGGUGAAGCGACAAGUCAUGUGGCCGCAGCUGCAGCUGGUGCUGGUGUGUGUGUUGGUGAUCACCAUCACCACCACCACCACCACAGCCACCGGUUACAAGGUGGGAGUUGGCCGUGCCGACUGUACCGGUCCUUCGGUGGAGAUUACUUUCAUGGGUUAUGCGCAGAUAACGCAACGUGGCACCGGUAUCCACCUGCGCCAGUACGCCCGCUCGUACAUCGUGGACGAUGGUGGCGGUGGGCGGUUCGUGUUUGUGGCGGUCGACGCCGGUAUGAUGGGGCACGCCGUGAAGCGGGACGUGCUGGCGGUGCUGCAGAAGAAGUACGGCCAGCUGUACACGCAGGCGAACGUCGUGAUCAGCGGUUCGCACACCCACUCGACACCGGGCGGCUUCCUGAUGUAUCUGCUGUACGAUCUGACGUCGCUCGGGUUCGUGGCGGAAACGUUUAACGCGCUCGUGCACGGUAUCGCCCAGAGCAUCAUCCGGGCGCACAACAACAUGGUCGAGGCGCGGCUGUACGUCGCCGAGACGGAGGUACUGGACGCGAACAUCAACCGGAGCCCGAGCGCGUACGACAACAACCCGGCGGAGGAGCGGGCCCAGUACCGGCACAACGUGGACAAGGGGUUGGUGCAGCUGCAGCUCGUUAGCGCACGGAACGGGAGCGAGCUGCUCGGUGCGAUCAACUGGUUCGCCGUCCAUCCGACCUCGCUGAACAACACGAACCGGCUGGUGUCGAGCGAUAACGUUGGGUACGCGUCGCUACUGCUGGAACAGGAGCGCAACCCGGGCGCGCUGGUCGGGAAGGGCGAGUUUGUCGGUGUGUUUGCGGCCAGUAACCUCGGUGACGCGUCGCCCAACAUCCGUGGGCCGAAGUGCGAGAAGAGUGGGCUACCGUGCGAUGUGCUGACGUCGUCGUGCCCGGCCGGUGCCGGUGCCUGUUUCGCGUCCGGCCCGGGUGCCGAUAUGUACGAGAGUACGGCCCUCAUCGCCGACCGGCUGUACCGGGCGGCCAGUGAGCUGUUGGGGGGGCGGGGGGACAGCCGGAGCCGAAGCCGGAACCGGCGCGAACUAACCGGACCACUCGGGUACGCCCACCAGUACAUCGAUAUGACGGUGGCCGAGGCGACGACGCACGGUGGCGGGCGGGUCCGCGGUUGCCUACCGGCCAUGGGUUACAGCUUUGCCGCCGGCACCACCGACGGUCCGGGGGCGUUCGACUUCCAGCAGGGCACCAUCACGGACAACGUGCUGUGGAAUGCGGUGCGCGACUUUAUCGCCGAACCGACACCGGACGACAAGGAGUGCCAGGCACCGAAACCGAUCCUGCUGGCGACGGGCCGGGCCCGCUUCCCGUACGACUGGCAGCCAAAGAUCGUGCCGACGCAGGUGCUGACGGUGGGUGACUUUGCGAUCGCGGCCGUACCGGGCGAGUUUACGACGAUGGCCGGGCGCCGGUUACGGGCGGCCGUAUCGCGUGCCUCCGUUGCUGCCGGUGGCCGUGAGCUGCAGGUGGUCGUGGCCGGGCUCUCCAACAUGUACAGCAGCUACGUGGCGACACCGGAAGAGUACGAGAUACAGCGGUACGAGGGUGCGUCCACGCUGUACGGUCCGCACACGCUCACCCUCUACCUCGAGCAGUACCGGCGGUUGGUGUCAGCGAUCGUGCGCUCGAAUGGGACGACGGCGGGGGCCGCGGUGGGUCUCGAUCCAGGACCGGAGCCUCCGUACGAGGACGACAAACAGAUCUCGCUCACGACGGGAGUCAUCUUCGAUUCGCACCCGCUCGGUAAGGACUUUGGCGAGGUGAAGGUGCAACCGGGGGCCGAGUACGGGCGGGGUGACACCGUCACAGCCGUCUUCAUCGCGGGCAACCCGCGCAACAAUCUGAUGCACGACAAAAGCUACUUCACCGUCGAGCUGGCGAGUGGCGAGGGCGCCGGGACCGGUGAUGACCCUGGCUGGACGGUGGUGGCGACCGAUGCGAACUGGGAGACGCGGUUCCGCUGGGAGCGCACCUCCACCAUACUCGGCUUCAGCGAUAUCGAGUUCCAGUGGACGAUCGGACCGACGGUGACGGUGCCAGGGAUCUACCGGAUCCGGCACUUUGGCUACUACCGUUACAUCCUCGGUGGCGUCUACCCGUACGUCGGUGUUACCAACACGUUCACGGUGACGUAAAUCCGCAGCUGCCACAUUGGUUAGCAUUAUUUGGGCCCCCUUCCUAUCCCCGUUUUACACCCUUUCUUUCCUACCAAAUAGACUAGUCAGCGGAUGAAUAGAAGAGUGUAUAGUUAGCAAUGCGAUGUUUUAGGAAACCAAUUUGGCGACAUGACCAUUUUUGUUUUUUUUUUUUUUUAUUGUGAAUACACACGGGCACACAGUGCACAGUAUUACUAAUUCGAGUGAUCGAUCGAGUUGUUGGUGCGAAUGGCGAACACACUUUCCGGAUUGUUUCAGCAGUCUGAUGUAAAACACAAAACAAAAAAACUUUGAAGCGCAAUAUACGCCAGUAAGGUAACGAA